AGAGGAGCACCGGCUCCCACGGCAGAGGGCCCUGCCCGCGACCUUGGCCUGGGCACCCCGCUGCGCCGCCCCCUCGGGCCAAUAGGCGCCCGGGCAGCGGCGCCGCGUGUGGCACAAGCAGGGAAACUCAGGACGGGUGCAAUUGCAGCCCGGGGAAGGUGUCUGAGGCCGGGGGCCGAAUAGUAGGCGUGAGAGCCUCUAGCUGGAGCCUAGAGUCUGACGGCAAGAUGGCGCUAAGAAUGCUGCAGAAGGCCGGUCGCGCUGCCGCUGCGGUGGCCGCUGCUGCUGUUGCAAGAGCCGGAACCGGAGCCGGAGUCGGAGCUGGAGCGGGGCUCCUGCGCAAUCUGAAAUUCUCUCUGGCAAUGAAUGUUUUCAAGAUUGGUUAUUGUUCUUCAGUUAAUCACAAGUACACUCCGAGGAGGGCAGUACUGUAUGUUCCUGGAAAUGAUGAGAAGAAAAUACAGAAAGUACCAUCACUGAAUGUAGACUGUGCUGUAUUAGACUGUGAAGAUGGUGUGGCUAUGAACAAAAAGGAGGAAGCAAGACUGAGAAUAGUGAAGACUCUCGAGGAGUUUGAUUUGGGCCCUACUGAAAAGUGUGUAAGGAUCAACGCAGUCUCUAGUGGUCUUGCUGAGAAAGAUUUGGAGGUCCUGCUGCAAUCCCAGGUCCUCCCUUCCAGCCUGAUGCUGCCAAAGGUUGAAAAUCCUGAAGAAAUACGAUGGUUUUCAGACAAAUUUUUAUUCCACUUAAAAGGCCGAACACUUAUAGAACCAAUGAACUUAAUCCCUUUUGUGGAAACUGCCAUGGGUUUGCUCAAUUUUAAGGCUGUCUGCGAAGAAACAUUGAAGACUGGAUCUCGAGCUGGUCUUCAUCUAGAUGCAGUCGUUUUUGGAGGAGAGGAUUUCCGGGCUAGCAUAGGUGCAACAAGUAGUAAGGAAACUCAAGAUAUUCUCUAUGCCCGGCAAAAGAUUGUCGUUAUAGCAAAAGCCUUUGGUCUACAAGCCAUAGAUCUUGUAUAUAUUGACUUUCGAGAUGAAGAUGGACUCCGCAGGCAGUCAAGAGAGGGAGCCAUCAUGGGCUUUACUGGUAAGCAGGUGAUCCACCCAAACCAAAUUGCAGUGGUCCAGGAGCAGUUUUCUCCAACGAGUGAAAAAAUUAAGUGGGCCGAAGAACUGAUUUCAGCUUUUAAAGAACAUCAACAAUUAGGAAAGGGAGCCUUUACUUUCCAUGGGAGUAUGAUAGACAUGCCAUUACUGAAGCAGGCACAGAACAUUGUUACGCUUGCCACAGCCAUCAAGAAAAAAUGAUCUGCUAAAAGAAACUCUCCCCAGGCUAAAGGGUAUUGAAGCCGCCGAGGAUCAACUUGUGGUUGCCAGAGGACGCCAAUGAAGUUUGAAACACCAACAAUCAGAGAUUUUGUUUCUGUUCCUCAUUAAAUCAUGAGCUUUUGUGUCCAGAC